AUGAAAAUGAACUUUAACAGGAGGCUCGUUUCGCUUCCUGUCAUCUUGAUUCUGGGUUCGCUCUAUGGUUACAUGGUACUCAAGACCGAAGACAUUAGUGACACAACUUUCCAUGAACCCAAACUUCGCUUCGUUUAUAACCAUAGUGUCCCUAGGACUUCGAACGCCAAGGAAAGUAUAGCUAGUAACAGUACAGAAAUUGAUGGUGAUGAACGGCUCCAAGUUGGCCAUUAUGUUGCUGGAUUUAACUCGUCCCUAAUCGGAAAAGAGUUCAAGUUUGAUAGUUCAGAUUUAGCCUUAGUAAAAGCUGUUCUUCGGGACCAAACGUUUAAGCGAAAGCCAGUCGAGUCCAUAGAUGCCAAGACCCCAUUUUUCGAUCUGGUCGCUCCAGUAACUGGGUCUUCCAGUAACCACUACGGAGAAUUUAAACAUCAUAUCGAAGAAUUUAGAAAGCAAUUUCCAGGAAUAAAAUGGUUUUUCUACGAUCUUGGAUUAAAUGACGCGGAGAUUAAUGAAGUCAGAACAAUGCCUGAUGUAGUGUACAGAAAAUUCAACUUUGAUGCAUACCCCCAACACAUUCGUAACCUGCAUAAUUAUGGUUGGAAAAUCCUGAUUAUUCAACAAAUGCUGUCUGAAUUUGACGGGAUAAUGUGGUUUGAUUCAUCUGUCAAGUUCACAGGAAAUCAAACAAAUGUUUUAAUCGAGCUUAUGUUCCGCCACAAUACGGGUGCAGUGUUCUAUGUCAGCACAACCGGUCACUCCAUAAUAACCGCUACGCAUCCAACAAUGCUGGAGUACCUUCCGAUGGAAACGGCAGGAGCAGUUAAGGACAUGCUACAAGGCGGUGCAGUGGUUUAUGUAAACAAGGAUGAAGUUCAAAGACGUGUCAUGAAAUGGCUUGUUAUUUGCGUGCUUAAAGAAGACUGCAUUGCUCCACCAGGUUCAACUUUAUAUUGUGGGUACAACUUUCCUCGAGACAGGUUUGGCGGUUGCCACAGAUAUGACCAGUCUCUCCAAAAUAUACUUAUUUCAAACGCUUAUAACUACGAACAGGAGAAAUAUUUCUACUGGAAUGAUUCUUUUACCAUUAUAGAGCGAUCAUGA